AUGACCUCCCCCUCUCUCGAUCCCCUCGAAAUAUCCACCUCGACCCUCUCCACUUUCACCCCGACGCGUGUCUUGUCGGAAUCCACCUCGACCGGAUCCAUCUACGUCCUGGGCACAUUGCAUGAUCUACCUGCGAUCGUACAUCUUCAGAAGACCGUAUUGGAAUCUAAUAAAGUAGGAGAGAGUUUGAGGGGCUUGGAGAGGCUGAAUGUAUUCCUGGAGAAUCAGCCGUACUUCUCAACUCACGCCUGGAUUCGUCCCACACCAGAUCGAUUACCUGAUCUUCAGAUAAAGAUCAUAUGCCCAGCGACCGAAACUCACAUCAAGAAGUAUUCAGAGCAAGAGAGGUAUAUGGUGCAUGAGACUCCGGAGAUAUAUGAGAAAGUUGUGUUGCAGUAUAUCAAUGGGUUCGAUGAGAGUCGAUUGGGAUGGGUUUACGCCAUCCUCGAUGGAAAGAAAGAAGCGGACCGUAUCCUAUAUCGAAAACAAGGUGAAGAUGGAUUCGUAAUUUUACCUGACCUCAAAUGGGAUCAAACGUCGAUGAAUGCUUUGUACCUCACCGUUCUCGUUCAGACCCGAUCUAUCAGAUCACUCCGAGAUCUCAAAUCUUCACAUAUCCCUUUACUCAACGAUAUCAAACAAGCUGUAUUCCAAACUGUCAAAGAGAAGUAUGGAGUGGGUUCGAACAAAUUGAGACUGUUCGUUCAUUAUCAACCUUCUUAUUAUCACUUCCAUGUGCAUGUGGUCCAUAUAGAUGCUGAACCUACCAAUGGAAUGGCGGUGGGACAAGCGCACAUGUUGGAUGAUCUGGUAACUUUGCUGCAACUCUCCCCGUCUGAAGGUCCUUCCAUACUUGCUCAGAAGACAUAUACAUAUCCACUAGGGGUGGAACAUGGUCUAUUCAAGGGGAUGCAAGAUGCUGGAGCGAUUGCUUUCGAUUAG